CUGAAUCACCCCCUUCUGGUGGAUGAAGGAGAAAAAUCUAGAGUUGUAGGUAGAAAGAGUUGUUUCUCUUUCUUUACAAAAGAAAAAAAGAAAGAGUUGUUUCGUGCUAUCGUAAACUCGUCCUCUAAAAAACAAUACUAAUUUAUUCACCUAUGCAUUUCAUCACUUGGAAUCCCCUAGGGUUACGCGCAACACAGUUAAGGUUCAUCACCUGGAACACCACAGAGAAGAAUUACACUCGCAUGGCGAAGAUGAAAGAGACGUUAUAUCUUCCUUCUGAAUUAAUCAUUCAAAUCCUGCUGAGGUUGCCGGUGAAGUCUCUUUUAUGUUUCAAAUGCAUUUGUAAGUCAUGGUUAUCUCUUAUCUCUGAUCCACACUUUGCAAAUUCACAUGUUGAUGUUUCCGCAGCAAAAAUUGUGUCCAUAUCAAGAACUCGACCUCUUGCUGAAAUUCGCUUUAUAGAUUUUGAAACAUCCAUUAACCAUGAUUCUGUUUCGCUGGACCAUAGUUUUCUACUUCCAAAAGGUUAUUUUUUUUAUGAAAUUAAAGGUUCGUGCAGAGGGUUUAUAUUAUUGAAUUGUUUGACAAACCUCUACGUAUGGAAUCCAUCCUCUAGAUUUCACAAAGAAAUAAAAUUGUCUCCUUUUGCUUGCAAAUUUCUUGCAUAUAAUCCACGUCAUCUUCUAGGUUUUGGUUAUGACGGAUUAAGAGAUGAUUACUUGGUCGUUUUAUUGUCCUAUGAUCCAACCUUAGUGAAAACUUCAUCGUAUUUAGAAUUUUUCUCAUUGAGAGAUAAUAAGUGGAAUGAAAUUGAAGGUCCUCACAUCACUUAUUUGAAUGCCACGGCUAAUCGCAAAGCAGGAGGAUCAUUCUUUAAUGGGGCUAUUCAUUGGUUGGCUUCUCCUUAUCAUAAAAUACCAUUGGAAGUUAUUGUUGUCUUUGAUUUAAUGGAAAGGAAAUUGUUAGAGAUACCUCUUCCAGAUGAUUACGACCAUGGUCCAGAGCAUUAUGGUUUGUGGGUAUUUGGAAAAUUUCUCAGUCUAUGGAAUAUGAAUUUUGAUAAUCGGACAGUUGAAAUAUGGGAGAUGAAAGAAUACAAACAACAAUCAUCUUGGACUAAGACUCUUGUAAUUCCUAUUGACAAUGACAUACCUUGGUUUUCCCCCGUAUACUCUACAAAAAGUGGUGAUAUUAUUGGAACUAGUAAUAUUGGUCUUGGAUUGGUGAAGUAUAAUAAUAAGGGACAGCUGUUAGAGUAUUUCGCAAUGAAUUCAAUUGCAUCUGAAGUGGCCAUGUAUACAGAGUCUCUGCUUUCACUCCCUGGUGGACCAUGAUGAAAUUUAACAAGAUGGCAAAAAAUCACAAAG